AAUCCAGUCUUGUGUUCAGAAAAUGACGUAACGAAUGGAGACCCACCAAAUGAUCUAUAUUUGUGUACAAUGCUUCAACAUCCAUGGUGGUCAAAACGAAAUUAGGAUCAUAGGUUAUCGAAGCAAGUUCAUUGAGAACAUGUGUUGAAUCCUGGAUAUAUGAAGGCAACGGUUGUGUAAGGGGCUUUAUAUGAGAAUAUUUGGCAGCUGUAAAUAACUACAUAUUGCAAAAUGUAUUUUGGUUUAACAUUUGCUGAUGUGAUAAAACAAUGUGAAAAAGAAGGCCUCGUUUUGUAACUGACCCAGUUAGUCCAGCCAUGAGCUCAUCAGUUCAGUCAGAAUGAAUCUUUUUUUCAGAACUUACAAACUAUUUUGUAAACAUUCAAAGAGUUAUCAACAGUUAAAUAUGAUUUCUUUUUCCUUUUUUUCCUCCACAUCAAAAUAAUUUUUUAAUUCUAAUUCUAUUUUAUAUUGUUUGAAAUGUUAUUUUUAUUUUUGUGCUUGUGAAGCGCCUCUGGAUUUUUAUUUUGAAACGUGCUUCUUCUUCGUGUUUGUUUACAUUUGCAUUGCGCACGCGCGCACUGUGAGAAAGCUUCAGUCGCAUAGCAACGGUUUGUUGAAGGGUGUCGCUGCAGCCGAACAUUAGCAUGAAACUCAAGCGUUUUCUUCUUAGAUAUUACCCACCAGGUAUAAUCCUGGAAUAUGAGAAAGGGGGAUGUAUGAGGACCAAAUCUAUUGACCUACUCCAUUUGACUCCAGGAGCUAAUCCAGAUGAGUUGGCAGCAGAGAUCCAGCAGUCAGAGUCUCUGAUCACAGAAUCCAUGUCUGAACAAGUAAAAAAACUGGUCCUCCGACUGCAGGAGAAACAAGGCCAGCAGGACCACCACAGGUUCUGUUUCUGCAAGGAGCUCAAAGCACACAUACUACCGCUGACAAAUGUUGCCUUUGACAAACACGGAUCGAGGUUUAUUACAGGCAGCUAUGACAGGACUUGCAGAGUUUGGGACACUGCGUCUGGGAAAGAGCUGCACAUCCUAGAAGGGCACAGAAACGUAGUUUACGCAGUCACCUUCAACAACCCGUAUGGAGACAAGAUUGCAACGGGGUCUUUUGACAAAACGUGCCGGCUGUGGUGCGCAGAAACGGGACGAUGUUUCCACACGUUUCGAGGACACACAGCAGAAGUAGUUUGCUUGGCGUUCAACCCCCAGAGCACAUUGGUGGCAACAGGCAGCAUGGACGCCACUGCCAAGCUGUGGGAUGUGGAGAGUGGGCAGGAAGUGGCCACCCUGGCUGGACACACAGCAGAGGUCCUCUCGCUGUGCUUCAACACACUCGGCAAUCUUCUUGUCACCGGCUCAUUUGACCACACUGCUGCCGUGUGGGAUGUUGCUUCCAAAAGACGAGUUUACACUCUGAUUGGUCACAUGGGAGAAAUAAGUAAUGUUCAGUUUAACUGGGAUUGCUCCCUCAUAGUAUCUGGUUCCAUGGAUAAAACCUGUAAGUUGUGGGAGGCCGUCAGUGGGAAGUGUGUAGCCACCCUAGUUGGACACACACAAGAGGUGUUGGAUGUGUGUUUUGAUUUAAGUGGUCAACUCAUUGCUUCUGCUUCUGCUGACGGUACAGCUCGAGUGUUUAGUGCACCCACACAUCAGUGUCUGGUGACGCUAAAGGGCCAUGGCGCAGAGAUCUCCAAGAUCUGCUUCAGCCCUCAGGGCAGCAGAGUCCUGACGGCCAGCUCAGACAAGACGGCCCGUCUGUGGGAUGUUCAUUCCGGAGCCUGCCUUCAAAUCCUGGAGGGCCACACUGACGAGAUCUUCUCCUGCGUCUUCAACUACGAGGGUGACACCAUUAUUACAGGCAGCAAAGAUAACACAUGUCGGAUCUGGUACUGACCCUUCCCAAGACCCAUCAGAGGCUCAGGCGCAUCAACACCACAGUUUUGGACAUGGGUCACUUUGAAUAAACAAAAAUAAACAUGUUUAUAAACUCACACAGCUCCUUAGCUAUGUGCAGUUUGCAAACACUUAAAGCUACAAUGGUAAAUUUGGAAGCUUAUUUUCAUGCCUCUUAACAACAUUCUACUGUGAUAUAGCUAUAGACGUGUUGUGCAGAUUAAAAGUAAAUAAAAUGGAAAAAAAUAAUGAAAAAAGUUGUUCUCUCACAUUUGUCUAAAAACCACCAUCAAUAACACUUUUCGGUCCAAAAUCAACAAUUGGCCCAUUUGGUUGUUUGAACCACUGGACUUCCCUGGGUCCUCCAUUAUCAAACACUCACAUAUUUAGCAGCACAACACCACUGGUGUGAGAGGAUCUCCGCUCAAUAAUAUCAGGGGAGGAGAAACAGCCGGCUGCUACUUCAACUUUAGGGCAAACUACCAGAGUCACAAAAAGAAAAAUACCAUUUGAUGUCACAGAAAACAAAAAACAUUUGAACUUGGAAAACGGUGACUGGUGUUUAGCAUCAUUUCGUUUCCUUUGGCAUUGUGGGCUCCAGGUUCCGAUGGAAGCAUCUUAGGGAAGAUACCCGAGGGGAGGGGAGAGCGUUUCGUGGCUGAGUUUGCCUUCAAAACCUAGCUUGAUUGCAGGUUUGCUAUAACAGCUUUAACAUUACUUGCUAAUGUCUGAGCUGAAACAAAACACUUGGAUCAGGCACAGCGGUGGAGGAAUGGGGUUGGGCUUGAAGCCAUGAUGUCAACCAUGAGACCCACCGCACACCAGAGCCAAAGUGUAAAGGAGUAUCAUGCAAUAAUGCAAAGGAGUCGAAGAGAAGCAUCAUGGCUGAAAAAGACGAGUAAAGUGCUGCAAUAGUUUCUUAUGAAGAAGCUGUGUUGAGGAUUUUGGAGAGCAGAGAUCAAAGCGUUUGACCUGAAGCAAAAAUGUAAAAAAAUGCAAAAGUGGGCCAGCAUUUCUCCACAACAAUCUGAGAAAUGGAAACUGCACAAUAUUUAAGCACGCUACUGCAAAAGGGGAUUUGAUCAACUAUUGCCAUAUAUAGCUAUUAUAUGAUCACUUUUUAUUGUUUAUCUAAUGUUUAAUGUGUAAUAUUUACCAAGGUCAACAAAUCAGACGAUGUUUAUGAAAAAUCGUUUCAACAGGUAUGUUUUCUGAACAAUAAAUUCAACAAGUGUUUCUCUAAUAAAUCAUCUGUAUCUUUCACUUUAA